ACAGACGCGGCGCGUGCAGUGUGAGGUGAGGCGGCAGUGGUUGUGUUUCAGGUGAAGGCGUGUUUGUGUCACACCUGUCACCCUCCGCGUGGGUCUGAAAGGCUGCUCUCCGCGGCGUGUCCGCUCACACACUCAUGUUACAAAAGUGGUUGCAUAAUACAGGUAUAAGAAGUGUUUAUGUCACCGCCGCCAUACAUACACUGCGCGCGCCUGUAGUCUUCCUAUAGCACACAGUUUGUCACCUGGGGUCAGGUCACACGCGAACGAGCCGUCCUCGUGUCCUGCUUCCAGUCCGGCAGGUAAACAGGAGAGAGACGGGACAGCUGUCCUCAGGUGUGUCAUUCCCAGAACAACGUACCUCUGGUCGCGCGGGCCCUCUGAUGGCGGCCCGGCUCCUGAAGGUGUCCUCUCUGGCCACAGCCGUGCUCGCCUCCUCUGGGUUUUACCUGCACAGCAGACAGCUGGACCUCAAUGACCUGAGCGUGGUCCGCUUCGGACGGGCUGCCGCCGUGACGGCCGUCAUCAGCUACGACUAUCUGACAGCUUUCAAGCAUGUGGACUACGGCACCGAGGAGUACUGGGCCCUCAAGUCCAAGGUCCACCUGCGAUCAGCUGAGCGGCUCCGGGACCUGUGCUGCGCCAACCGGGGGACUUUCAUCAAGGUGGGGCAGCACCUCGGAGCUCUGGACUACCUGCUGCCUGAGGAGUACACCUCCACCCUGAAGGUGCUCCACAGCCGAGCUCCUCAGAGCAGCAUGGAGGAGAUCCAGCAGGUCAUCAGAGAAGAUCUGGGAAAGGAGCUGUCAGAGUUAUUUGUCUCCUUCGAGACAACGCCUCAGGGUGCGGCCUCCUUAGCUCAGGUCCACAAAGCAGUGCUGCAUGAUGGGAGGACUGUAGCUGUCAAGGUCCAGCACCCCAAAGUCCAGAGGCAAAGCUCCAAGGACAUCAUGGUGAUUGAGGUUCUGUUGAAGGCGGUCCACUGGCUCUUCCCAGACUUCGCCUUCAUGUGGUUGGUGGAGGAGGCCAAGAAGAACAUGCCUCUGGAGCUGGACUUCCUGAAUGAGGGACAGAACGCUGAGAGAGUGGCCGACAUGUUGUCCCAUUUCCCCUUCCUGAAGGUUCCCGCGAUCCACUGGGAUCUUUCCACAAAGCGGAUCCUGACCAUGGAGUUUGCAGAGGGAGGCCAGGUCAACGACAGAGGCUACAUGGAGAAGCACAACAUCAACGUGAACGAGAUUUCGGAGAACUUGGGGAAAAUGUACAGCGAAAUGAUCUUCGUCCACGGCUUCGUCCACUGCGACCCACACCCAGGAAACGUCUUGGUCCGCAAGUGUCCUCGCAGCCAGAAGACGGAGAUCGUCCUGCUGGAUCACGGCCUGUAUCAGGUCCUACAGCCAGACUUCCGGAUGGACUACUGCCGUCUGUGGAUGUCUCUGAUCAGAGGGGACAUGUCGGGUCUGGAGCGCUACAGCCGCAGACUGGGAGCUGGAGACCUGUACCCCCUCUUCGCCUGCGUGCUGACUGCUCGGUCCUGGACCUCCGUGAACGCUGGCAUCGGUUCUGUUCCCGUCACACAUGCUGAGGAUGUGGAGAUUCGGACCAACGCAGCGCUGUACCUGCCUCAGAUCAGCGAGCUGUUGAACAGAGUUCCUCGACAGAUGCUGCUGCUGCUGAAGACCAACGAUCUGCUGAGGGGCAUCGAGACCACUUUACAAACCAGAGCCUCGUCCUCGUCCUUCAUCAACAUGUCCCGCUGCUGCAUACGAGCCAUAGCCAGACACAAGAGGAGCAAGGCCCGGUCCAGGAGGAGGCGUCUGCAGAUCUCCCUGGCUGAGUCUCUGAGUCUGUGGAGACUUUCCAUGUAUGAAUUCUUCUUGUGGCUCAGAGGCUCCACGGUGGUGAGCUGGCUCAAGACUCUGCUGGUGUUCCUGCACUGACAUCUGAAUCAGACCAAAACCACAGUCGGUCCAGAGCUUUUCAUACAGAACACAACAAAGCCUGCUCUCCAGGACCAGUCCAGGACCAGUCCAGGAUCAAGUCUUCUUCACAUGAAAACCGCUGUAGAUGAGACGGAUGAUGGAGACCCAGCUUCUCUUUAUUUAUAACUUUUAUUAUGUCCUCAGGUUGAUUUUGAACAGUGGAAUUGGAUCUUGAACACUGAGGGAGCCGAGCCGGACCGCCUGGAAUCGGAUCACCGGUUCAUUCCUGCUCCUCAACAACUGACCUCGUAUGGCGUUUCCAUGGUAGCAGUUUACUGUUGAUCCUGUCAGAUCUGCAUCCUGGAGCUUCUUGCCGGUGUCGGGCGGAUGGUGAUGAUUCGGUCAGAUGAGGGAUGACGUGACUGAGUCAGCAGUUCUUGUACCAGCCGGAUCCAAACCGCGGACCGAACCGGUGUUCUGCUGUUUUAACUCGUUAUUCUGUUUUAUGUCUUGAAUGUUUGUUGAGCUGCCGGCACGUUGGAGUCCAUUCACGCCAGCGGCUGGAUGAACCGAACAAGGUGAAUUAAAGGAACACACAUGUCCUCUUGUUCAGGAUUUGCUGUGAUUUCUUCCCAACGUGUCUGGAGUUGGAUUUUAUAAAAAUGCUUCAAUAAUCAGGUUAACCAGGUCCUUUAAUAUCAUAUCAGCCAAAAAGUCUUUUUCAUCAUGUUUAGAGAGAAAUAAA